CACAAGGUCUGUAAGCACAGCCCUGCUUGGUUCUUGCUAGAGAGAAACUCCUCCCUGGAUCACAUGUAAGAAGGAGGGAAAGGCUCAGGAUGGGCCAUCGCAUCAUGAUAGUGAUUAUUUUAUUUAAUCAGGACAAGUUGGGAAAUCUCUGAAUGGACAUUGGCACUUCCUGCAGAUAAACUGGUUGAGCACUCAGCUCCACAAUGGCUGACUGGGAUUAUGACUACCUGAUCAAGCUGCUGGCUCUGGGGGACUCGGGGGUGGGAAAGACAACCUUCCUCUACAGGUACACAGACCAUAAGUUCAACCGCAAGUUUACAACCACAGUGGGCAUUGACUUCAGGGAAAAGAGAGUGAUGUACACAGGGACAGGUGUUGAUGGGACGACUGAGAAGAACUUCAAAGUCCACCUUCAGCUUUGGGACACAGCAGGACAAGAGAGGUUCCGCAGUCUCACUACAGCUUUCUUUAGAGAUGCCAUGGGCUUCCUGCUGAUGUUUGACUUGACCAAUCAACAAAGUUUCCUCAACGUCAGGAACUGGAUGAGUCAGCUCCAGGCCAAUGCGUACUGUGAUAGUCCAGACAUUGUGCUGGUGGGCACAAAGGCUGACCUACGAGAUGUGAGGGAUGUUCACGCCAGACAGGCCAGAGAUCUGGCAGACAGAUACGGCAUUCCUUACUUCGAGACGAGUGCGGUGACGGGUGUUAAUGUGGAACAGGCUGUGACCACACUUCUGGACAUGGUGAUGAAGAGGAUGGAGCAGAGCAGUUAUGGGGGCCCAAGCGCUGAACCUAACGGUAGCCCUGCCACUAGCCAUGAAGUGGAGGAGGCACCUGCCAGGAGAAGGUGCGCCUGCUAAUUUCAUCACCUGAAGCCCAAAUUAGCAUUGGGUUUUUAAAAUGCUACUCUGCUCUGGAGUUUGACUGAGGUGCCAGGAGAUAAAUAACCUAUAUCCACUAUAUCCUAUACUUUAAUAAUCUGGCCCAAUUACUGUUGGUAUUUACUGUCUGUAAUGUUAUUUAUUCACAGCCUGUGCAUUGUUGAGUGUGGAAAAAGAGAGAGAAAAUACUUCAAAACUUUGAAGACUGUAUAUAGUACCUGAAUACAGGUAUCGUUGUAAAAACUGUGAUGUUUUGAAGUCAAUAAGAGUUGUUGUUUUUAGCCAAAAUAGUCAGUUAUCAUCAAAUGGGUCAAAUCAGAGAAAAAUACUGUUUUAUUUGACACAUUAGGCAUUGAUGGAAGGAAUAUGCAGGCACAUAACAUAUAUUUAUCGUAAAGUAUACUCAAAAAACAUUGAAGACAUGGUUACAUUUCCUAUAUGUAUGAUCGGUUUUGUUAGAACAACCAAGAUAGCAAAGUCCCUUGAAUGAUUUAUGACUUUUAUACGAUAUGUACAUAAGCAGCCAAGCUUUUUUAUGCAUUAUGGAACAUAGUUGCCAUGCAGAUCGAACACAAUUACAAGAAUGUUAAAGGGCUGUCGGAACGUCUCAUGUAUGGUGCUGCAUUUGGAAUAAAAACACUUUAUGGUUAA